AUGAAAUAUUCAGAAGUACAAAACGAAAAACUCUCAUUACCUUAACUUACCUCUAAUAAGGUAACUAAAUUCAUAGGGAAAGGUAUCGUGAAGAAUCUCAAACAUGAUAGAAGUCUUGAAAUAGAAGCUAAGAUUAAAAGCUUUUAUAACUAUCAAAAUAGCUCAAUAAUGAAAGAUUAAUUUUAUAAUUCUGAGAAAUAAAUAUAAAAUUCAAUUGCUGAAAAUAAUAAUGGUUUUUCUUAAAAAAACAAAAAAAAUACAUAGUUUUUAAUCAGUUUUAGCUUUGAUGACAAUUAUAGAUUGACAUAUGAUUUUAGUGAAAAUAUAUUUAUUCUAGAAACUAAAGAACAAAACAGUUAAGAAAACACUUUAAAGGUAACUUGCUAAGAUGCUGUUAUUAAUGUUUCAAGAAAAGAAGAAAUAUAGAUAGAAGACUAAGAAAUUAUUGAUGGAUACAUGUUAAAAUUGAAAAAGAGUUAAUAUUCUACUAUUAGAAUUAAGCUUAGGAGGAACUAUUAAAAAGAAUUUAUAUAGAUUAGCUUUAGUGAAGUCAUUUAAGCGUAAAAUAAACGUUUUGAGUAUUAGAGUUAAAAGAGUGAAAAAUAAUAAUAGCAGCAAUACAUUUUGGAAACUGUUUAAUGCUUUGUAAAUUGUUAUUUUGCCAAUAAAUUGACCAAACAAAUCUAAAACGAGCUCCUUUCUUAUUUCUUUCAAUAAAAAUAUCAACUUUUAAUAGUUUAUGAAAUAGAAGCUGAAAUGGUGGAGCUGUAUGAAUAUUUCCAUGAAAUUGUAGAAAAAAAGGAUACUCAGUUAAUUUAGAAGAAAAUAAAUCUGUUUUAUGAGUCUGUUAAUUAGAUAAUUUGCUGGUCUGGUUUGAACAGAUAUUAACACCCAGCCAUACUAGGUGGAUAUUUGAUUUUUAAAUAAUGA